CAUGUCCCUCUUUUACAUAAAUUCCUUCUUCUUCUUCAUCUCUCUCUCUCUCUCCUCCCAAUAAAAACAAAAAACCAAACAUUGCAUGCUCUCUUUCUCUGACAUAUUCUAACUUUAACACCUUUGGCUUUUUAUGAUGUUAUAGUUUUCAUUGUUUCAGCAAAUAUCAAAACAAAAAAGAAUUUGGUAACCCCUCCAUUUUCCCAUGAUUUCUUUCUCAUUGUCAUUUUGCUAAUCCCCCAGAAGAAAAUAAAAAAGUAAGAAUUAGAGAACAAAUAAAAAGGUUUCUUGUAUUGUGUCAUCCCCAUUCCUUGCUGUUUUUGUGUUCAUGUGGGAGAGAAGGAGUGAUUGAUGUUUGGUGUGUUGAUUGAGUGAGAAAGAGACGGUGUGUCUGUGUUCAUUGUUCAUAUCAUCAUCUCCAUUCUCCCCUUUUAGGGAGAGAGAGAGAAAUGGGAGAGAAGGGGAAGUUUGUGUGGAGGGGUUCUCAUAUUUCGUUUUCGCGUUGAAUUUCUCUCAGUUUCACACCUUCGUAAACUAACUCAUAAAAAGUAGAGAGGGAAAGGAAGGUAAGAGGAAUAUGUUGAGCCGAGUUCAAAAAGAGUAGAGAGAUCCUAUUCAAGUAACCCAGAAGCCAAAACCAUCAAUUCUUGAUAAUUCUACGGAAUCAAGAUUCGGUCUUUGGGUUUUGAAUUCAAUUUCUUGCCGUCUUCAAUUACUGGGUCUGUUUCUUUUACCUCAAAAGCUUCGUCCCGUUCCUUUCGGGAUCGGAUUUUCAGCAUUUCUUGGCCAAUUUUUCGGGAUUUCCAGCUGCUUAUUAUUGCCGGGAAGAAUAAGAAAUCUCUCUUUAGAUUCAUCUCCUUUUGGAACUUGAAGUCAAUUACUUACAGGAGAAGAACAUGAGAGCAGGAUUAAGCACUAUCCAGCAGACCCUUACACCAGAGGCCGCGAGCGUUCUGAACCAGUCCAUAGCGGAGGCGAGCCGCCGUAACCACGGCCAAACUACGCCGCUUCACGUAGCGGCGACGCUUCUGGGAUCGCCGUCGGGAUUCUUGAGGCAGGCAUGCAUCCGCUCGCACCCCAAUUCUAGCCACCCUCUGCAGUGCCGCGCGUUGGAGCUAUGCUUCAGCGUGGCCUUGGAACGGCUCCCCACCGCUCAGAACAUGGGGUCGCCGGGGUCGGAGCCACCGAUCUCUAAUGCUCUCAUGGCAGCACUUAAGCGGGCUCAGGCCCAUCAGCGGGGCGGGCGCCCGUUCGCCGUGAAAGUGGAGCUUGAUCAGCUGAUUAUAUCCAUACUGGACGAUCCUAGUGUAAGUCGUGUGAUGAGGGAAGCCAGCUUUUCCAGCCCGGCUGUAAAAGCAGCCAUCGAGCAGUCCUUGAACAGUUCCAGCUCGCAUGGCCAUCAUCAGCAUCAUAUUGCUGGUGGUAAUGUGAAUUUUGGAGGAAUUGCACCAAGAAUGCUUUCCAAUCCAGGUCAAUUAGCGACGCCGUUGAUGCAGAAUCAAUCUCCUAUUGUUCCGUUGGCUAAUCGCAACGUGUAUCUGAAUCCACGUCUGCAGCAGGGGACAACAGUAAGUAUGGGGAAUCAUAGAGGUGAUGAAGUGAAAAAGGUGUUGGAGAUUAUGAUAAGAAGCAAGAAAAGGAACCCAGUGUUGGUGGGCGAUUCGGAACCGGAGGCCGUGGUGAAAGAAUUGUUUAGGAAGAUAGAAAACAAGGAAUUGACCAGUGAUGGGAUUUUGAAGAAUCCUCAAAUUAUCUCUGUGGAGAAAGGGCAUUUAUCAGAUAAGACUCAGAUACCAGCCAAGAUCAAGGAAUUGGGAAGGAUAAUUGAGAGUAGGAUUGGGAGUGGAGGGGUGAUUCUUGAUUUGGGUGAUUUGAAGUGGCUGGGGGGGGGGGGGCCGGCAAGUGUUGGCAGCGUGCAGCAGCAGAAUCACCACCAGCCAGUGGUUUCUGAGACCGGGAGGGUGGCCGUAGUGGAGAUGGCAAAGUUAUUGGCAAGAUUCAGGGGGGGUGAUGGAAAUGAGGAUAAUAACCUUUGGUUGAUUGGAACUGCAACUUGUGAGACUUAUUUGAGGUGCCAGGUUUACCAUUCUACCAUGGAAAAUGAUUGGGAUCUGCAGGCAGUGCCUAUGGCUUCAAGAUCACCUCUUCCUGGAAUGUUUCCAAGACUUGGAACUGAGAGGCCUUUUAGCAAUCCUGUGGAGCCACUAAGUCUGCUGAAGGCUGUUCCGUCUCCACUUCCUGGUUUAAUAAGCCGUGUAACUGAGAACUUGGAUCCUGCUCCAAGAACCGGAUUUUGCCCUCAAUGUUCGGAGAAUUAUGAAAAGGAGCUGGCAAGACUCACUGCGAUUGAGAAGUCUUUUUCUGAAGCUAAACAAGACGCAACUCGACCAUCUCUCCCACAGUGGUUGCAAAGUGCCAAACUCGAUACUGCAGAUGCUGAAGUAAAAGAUCAGUCACAUGGGCAGGAUUCAGGACUUCUUUCCAAGCAGAAGACUCAAGAAUUGCAGAAGAAAUGGAGAGAUACAUGCUUGCAUCUUCAUCCUAGCUUUCAUCAGAAUAACCGUUCUGGUAGACAUGCUCCAUCAACGCUAUCCACAGGCUUGUAUGAUCCAAACCUGCUCGCAUACCCUAUGUUCCAGCCUAAGUUGCAGAUGGCCAAGUCCGUCGGAGAAGCUCUGCAAGUUAACACUGAUAAAAUUACCCGUCAACCAGCACAGCUUACAACUAGCCCACCAGGAAGUCCGGUGAGGACUGAUCUGGUUCUUGGAAGAAAAGACACAGAAAGGACCGCUGAAAGAGUUACUGAAAAUCAGGUUAAGGACUUCUUGGGUUGCGUCUCUUCUGAACCACAGACCGAGUUGCUCGAUAAGCUUGCUAAUGCUUUGGAUGCCGAUACAUACAAGAAACUCCUCAAGGGCCUGAUGGAGAAAGCAUGGUGGCAAGCUGAAGCAGCUUCUGCAUUGGCUUCAGCCAUUACGCGUUGCAGAUUAAGUGGUGGAAAAAGUCGUGGUGCUGGAUUGAGGGGAGAUAUAUGGUUGUUGUUCACAGGACCUGACAGAGUCGGGAAGAAGAAGAUGGCAUCAGUGCUAGCAGAGCAGAUAUGUGGGGCUAGUCCAACAAUGAUAUGUCUUGGCACACGGCGGGAUGAUGAUGAGUCCGAUGUAAACCUCCGUGGUAAAACAGCGAUUGACCGUAUUACGGAGGCAGUUCGAAGAAAUCCUUUUUCGGUAAUUAUGCUUCAAGAUAUUGAUGAAGCAGACAUGCUGGUGCGAGGGAAUAUAAAACGAGCGAUUGAGAGAGGCAGACUCGCUGAUUCUCACGGUCGUGAAGUCAGUCUUGGAAAUGCCAUCUUCAUCCUUACAGGAGAUUGGUCGACCACGAAUCCCGAAGCUUCAAGAGACUGUCUUUUAGAUGAAAAGAGGCUUGCCUCCACAGCCAGUGGCAAUUGGCAAUUAGGACUAGUAGUAAGAGAAAGGAGUGCUAAACGCCCUGCAAGUUGGUUGCAUGAUGAAGAUAGGCCAUUGAAGCCACGAAAAGAACUCGGGUCCAGCCUCUCUUUCGACCUUAAUCUUGCUGCAGCAGACACCGAUGACAACAAGACAGAUGGAUCCCACAAUUCAAGUGACCUCACCGUUGAUCAUGACGAUGAGCAUGGCUUUGUGGACCGACACUUCUCUAUUACAUCGGUACCCCAUGAUCUGCUCAGCAACGUAGAUGACUCCAUAGUGUUCAAACCCAUCGACUCUGCCUUCGUCCGACGGGAGAUCAAGAAGACAAUCUCCUUGAAAUUCUCCAUGAUCAUGGACAACUACUUGUCAUUAGAGGUAGAAGAUGAUGUCCUAGAAAAGAUCAUAGGAGGUCUCUGGCACGGUCGAACAAGCCUAGAAGAAUGGAUCGAAAAGGUUUUGGUGCCGAGCUUCGAUCAGCUCAAGUCGCGGCUAUCAUCCGGCGAUAGGAGCAGUUCGGUGGUCCGUCUUGUGGUCGAGUCAGAUUCCGGUAGAUGGGGCAACAGCAACGGCAUAGGGAAUUGGUUGCCAAGUAGCAUUGUAGUGUAAGGAGCCCAAUGUUAAGGAUGCAUAAUUGAUAUUUAUGAUUUCUGUUGGGCUCAGUUGUAAAUAAUGCAAGUUGGGAGAGAGGGG